UAUUUACGUAACGUAAUGGUGUUACAUAGUAACCCAGCUUUGUGGCUCUGGAUACCUCGCUACAGGGGUUAAGCACGGACACGGGCUACCGAAAGGAAAGAAUAUUAAUGUGCAAAUAUUGUUGUGUGGUUCGUGUUGCGUUUAUGGAGUUUGGAGCGGCGAGGAAAGCGGCGCAGUGAACUGGCAGCUGAGGGUUUUUUUUUAAUUCAACCUACUUGAAAAGGGAAGACGUUAUGUGUCCCAAACCAAAGACUAAGUUAGGGCAUAAAAUGGAUCAUGUCAAUGGGUAAAUUUGAUACGAAAGGGACAUUUGUGAGGUGAGCGUUUGAGAGCUCAAAUUAGCAGCAGCCUAGCUAGAUAGAAACCCGGUCGGGUUCGAGCAGAUGUGAUCAAAGAGGGGACACAUUCACUGUAUCGCUAGCUGUCAGUGUGUUAUUUAAAUGGUCCAUGCAGUACUAUUACACAGAAAAGCCUCGCCGUCCACAUUGCUUUGACGAAAAAGCCAACAAUUCUGCCCGAGGGACGUUGUUCCGGACUGGUGAAAUAAGCCGUCCACCAUGGAUAUGCUGGAGUGUCCGCUCUGUCUCUUCCUGAUGUGCGAGCCGGUGACCAUGUCGUGCGGUCACACGUUCUGCCGGAGAUGCGUGGGGGGUUACCUCCCGUCCAAAUGCCCGUUGUGCAAAGAGAGGUUAAAACAAAGGGAGGUGAAAAGCAUGAAGAACAACGUUUUGCUCAUCAGUGUCGUUGAAAAGUGCUGCCCCGACGAGACAAAGAUGAAGUGCCAUGUACAGGAGAAGCUCAAAGCCAACGACUUCACAGAAGCUUUACGCAUCGCAAACGAGGGGCUAGACUUAGUCCCAGACGAUCAGAAUUUGAAGGUGUACAGAGCUGAAGCGAACUGGGGCCUGAUGCGUUUCUCUGAUGCUCUGACAGACCUCGACUACCUCUGCUGCCUUCGUCCUAACUGGACUGAGGGCUUCUUUCGUAAAGGGAAUGUACUGCUGGAAAUGGGUCAGCAGACAGAAGCCCUCAUCCAGUUCCACCAUUGCCUAAAUCUUCAAGCUGACUUUGUUCCUGCGAAGAGCCAGAUCAAGAAGAUCCUGGAGGCAGGCGGCAUGGCGGUGCCGGAUGAGGUGUCCUGCAUCCUGCAAGUGGUGUCCGAGUACCUGAAAGAGCCCUGCCCCAUUACCAGCCUCAGUGGCUCCCAGGGGCCAACUCACCCUGAGGACCUCAAACAUCCACAUGGGGAUGACAGAGAGGGAAAAGGGAGGAGAGAUGCACACCAGGUGAAGCAUGACUCUGGUACUGAGUGCUGCCUCAGUCUCUGCCAAGCUGUUUCCUUCCUCCCUGCUGCUGAAGAGGACGAGGAGAUGAUGACGAGGAAGGAAGAUGGGCAUGGCAGGGGUGAAAGUAGUCACCGCAGAGAGAAAACUCUGGGGGUUCUCACUGUGUCAGACUUUGAGUGCCCUCUCUGCAUUAGGUUGUUUUUUGAGCCAGUCACUACUCCCUGUGGUCACACCUUCUGUAAAAACUGCAUAGAGAGGAGUCUGGACCACAACCUCCGCUGUCCACUCUGCAAACAGCCACUACAAGAGUACUUUAAAAACAGGAAGUACAACCCCACAGUUCUGCUUCAGGACAUCAUGACCCGACUUUUUCCCUCACAGUUGGCUGAGAGGAAACAGGUCCAUGAUGCUGAGAUGGCUGAACUGUCCAAUCUUACUAAGGACAUCCCUAUAUUUGUUUGCACGGUGGCCUACCCUGGCGUGCCCUGCCCUCUGCACAUCUUUGAGCCUCGAUAUCGGCUGAUGAUGCGUCGCUGCAUGGAGACUGGCACCAAGAAGUUUGGCAUGUGCAGCUAUGAGCAUGGGAAGGGGUUUGCAGACUAUGGCUGCAUGUUGGAGAUCCACACUCUGGAGCUGCUGCCUGAUGGACGGUCCUAUGUGGACACAGUGGGUGGCAGCAGAUUCAGGGUGCUUAAGAGAGGUCAGAGAGAUGGCUACCACACUGCCGACAUAGAGUACCUGGAGGAUCUCAAGGUUGAUGGUAGCGAGUUGGAGCUUUUGCAUCAUCUGCAUGACAGCGUGUACCAGCAGGCUCAGGACUGGUACCAGCGCCUUGGCAGCCGCAUUCGCGAGCAGAUCAACAAACAGUACGGCAGCAUGCCAGAGAAGGAGGAAAACAUUCAGGCCUCGUCCAACGGUCCAGCCUGGUGCUGGUGGCUGCUGUCUGUCCUCCAGCUGGACCCUGCCUAUCAAACCACUGUCCUGUCCCUGACCUCACUCAAAGACCGCUUGGGACACCUCCGCCUCGUCCUUGAGUACUUCUCUCAGAGCUAGAUUCCACAGCACAGUGGUAUUGUAGCCACAACUAGCUGUGAGUCAAAUAAUGCACGUGCACGAAUGGAGCGAAAUCAAAGAAUGCACUCACACCACAGAGGUUGGGGUUGGGUUUUGGACUCUGAACCAUGAAGGGACCAUGAAGUCACAGCUCAAGGCCAAAUCAUCUGGUCAAUAGCAGAAAGAUGGUGAUAUUAUUACUGAAGAUAGUGCAUUUGUACAGAGUUGGGUUUUUGCUGUUUGAGUUCACAUGUUAUCUUUCUUACACCAUUUUGUUCACUGGGAAUUCAACGUUUCAUAAUAGUUUCUGAAUACACAUUGUAUUUGAUGUAUCAGUAAGACCUACAGGGUUGACCAAAAAUGUUUCUCAUUUAGGUCCAUCAAAAGUGGUAAAUUAUUAUUUGUGGAUAAACUAAAUCAGUUAGUUUUCCAAUUAAUAUAGCUGAAAAUAGGCACUAGAUGUCACUGUUUUUUCUCCAAUUAUUAUAAACAUGAAGAACAUGCAACAGCAUUAGCCGAGCUAGUGCAGUAUACUGCACUGUCAUGUGUUGCCUAUUUAAAUCAGACUCUUUGCAUUAACAUAGCUAAGUUUGGAGUGAGAGUAAACAUUGAUAGCACACACAAUCUGUAGAGACUAUGCACAUCAGAGGAUUAAAGUUCAUGUGUUGCAGGUAAUCAUUUUGAAUAUACAGAGUUAUUUGGAUAUUGCCGAAGGGCACUAUUUGUAAUGCUUACAUAGUUGCAUCUGUUGGCCUUGGCAGCCAUUGACUAUGGCUCAUUUUCUACUAAUGAAUAAGCUUAAAAGAUCCCUAUUUAGUAUUAGUAAAUAUUGCAAUAAUAAUUUAUAGUGUCAUGGAAUGGCAGCAGCUGGAGGAUCUUUUUUAAAUGAAAGCUGCUGACGUGGCUGCUGUCUCUGGAUGCAGUUUGUUAUCAUCUGGUGGAAAAAGUCUGUGAAAUUCUGACAAUGAGGAGAUGGGGUCAGUGAAUGGGAGACGUACCAACUUUGUUUUACAGUAUGAACCUGCGUGAUUAUAUAUGUUGAUGGUUGUAUGGAUGCAGCACUGUAUGUAUGUGUGUCAGCUGUUAAUAAGGAGUCAUUUUUGUCAGUCGCGAUCUUCAUUAGCUGAUUGGUUGUUGUUUUAUUUUAUUUUUUAAAUUACAUAUUGUGUGGUGUCAGCACUGAUGACAGCUACUGUCAUGUGUGGUUAUAAAUGAAGCAUCAGCCCAUGACACAGUAUUUAACAUCUCUUGCAGGGAUAGCUGUAAAAUAAUUUAGCUAGGGUCUGACUAGGGCUGAGUUCCCCUACGGUGCCUCUGUGUAGGCCACAUCACCUACGUCUGGCCCCUGCUGUGUCUCCCUGUCUGUCUGGCCCCUCUACCACCAGUCAUGGUGCCUUUGAGUGCCUGGGCCAAUCAUCAGGAGACCUGCACGUCUUAGAGUUCCUACACCACGUAGAGGAUGGACUGUGUGAUUUUUGCCAUUGAUUUUUAUUGAUAUAGUGCUACGUUCCGUGGUAUGUUGAAGCUGCAAUGUUAUGUAUAGUUACUGUACUAACAAAUACGGGCUUAACUGGGUGAAACAAAAGAGCUUUGGUUUUUGUUUUGUUUUUUAACUUUGAUAAAUGUGCCAUAGAUAUUUCUGUGUUAUGUGUUUUAAAGGAAUUGUUAGCUAACUAGUCACUGUGUUUAUGUUUGUCUACAUCAUGGACAAACAUGCCUUUUGUAUGGUGGACAGUGAACUACCAUCUUUUCAUGGCCAACAUAUCGCUUUAGACAGUCAGAAUUAGUCCAGCAAACACUUAAAGAUACAGUUUGUAUGAUACAGCGUGAUAUUGAAGCUAGCUUAGAAUAUAAAGGUUGAUCAUGAGACUCGAUACGCACAAAAACGUCCCACUAAAGGACGAACCAAUGAAUAGACCGAUGGAUACUGGGUUAGCAUUGGUUACCUGAUAAACAUGCUAACCACUGAACUCUGACCUGGGAACUAACACUUUACUUGAGGGCAAGAAACACUGUUUUUACCAUUUCUUAAGAUGUCUGGGAUUGACAUUGGAGUCAAAGACUUUAAUGUGCCAGUUAUCACAAAAUGUCUCCAAAGCUAGUAGCGUUAAUUUCACUGAAAAAUUUCAUAAAGGUUUCUUGCUACCAGACAUGAUUAAAGCUCACUCAAAACAAAAAGGGACUGAGAUUCUUAUAGAAUUUUUGAAUGACCUGCCACGCAGCUGAAUUUCACUCCCCUGUCCUACUUCUUAUCAGAGAAGACCAAUAUUUUUGCACAGUGAAAUUGUUUUGUGUGUUUUGUUUUCUGAUGCCCAGCUACAGUUCCUCACACGUUUUUUUUUCUCUUUUUCAAAUCAUGCAUAUUUCUGUGUGUCACUUUUAUUACUUAAAGAUGCCACCUUUCAUCAAAUAAAAUGGUGAUGUCUGUUGAUCACAGCAAUCUGUCUCAUAUUGGUUACUCUGUUUAAAAAAUAACUUAAUUUCUGCACCUGUGUGUGAUUUACUUCAUGAUUAAAUGCAACAUAUAUUUUGGGGAAAAAUGAUUGUACCCCCAUAUUUUUGAUCCAACUAUUUGUCAACUUAAAGUUUAAGUUGCCUGUCAUCUCUUAAUAGGUUCAACUUUGGUGCUGCUAAUGCAUUGCAGCACAGUCAUGAUUUUUCAUCUCAUUUAGACUGCAGCUUCAUACCCUGGCAGAUGUCCAUUAGCCAUAGUUGCAGUAUAAUUGGGCUAUCAGAAAAUGUCCUCCAACACAGUUAAAACAGUUUGCUCUCAGUCCACAUUCUCUCCAACACAGAACACAAAGCAUAAUAAGUGACCCGUUCUUGGCAGCGAUUCUCCGUGAGAACGAGUCUUACACUUGUGUACUUGGGAAAGGCUGUGAAACGCACCAUGAUGGCGUGUUCUUGCUUUGUGCAGCUUGCAGGAAAAUGUUGGCUGAUGUGGUCUGAUGGUUAGUGGUCUGUGGGCUGUAUGAACUAGAGACAGGCACUGUUAUUCUCUACACUCUGUGCUCAAAGACCUUGAUGUUAGCAAGUUGAAGUACACUUAAACCCACUGAAACUAAAGCAAUUUCUGUCUGACUAAUUUGUAUUCAUUCCUCCACCUCCAAGCCAAGAGCAGUAAAUUAUCUUGAUCUGAUUAUUGUUUAUUUGCUUGCCCCCUGGAUGACUUUUUAAAUGGUAUUAUAAAUAAAGCUUUUCAAAACAAA